AUGCCUGAACAAUGGGAUAUAACCUAUAAAAAGAUGACAUUACUUCGAAUUAUCAUUGUUACAUCAGCCAAUACUACUUUAUGGUGCUUAUCAGCGCCAAGUUUUUGUGUUAGUAGUGAAAACCAACUUAGUUUAGCUUUGAAGAAGAUUUUUGCAAGAACAAGAAUAAAAUGGCAGAAUUACACGAACCAAUCUGUUAUUGAUGUUAUUGUUGUUGUUGUUGUUGUUAAUUUUGUUUUGUUCUUGUUGCAGAACAACUUAUAG